AUGGCAUCUCUCGGGGAGGAUUUACUUGGUGUCGUCAACAAAUUACAGGAUCUGGUCUUCAAUACCAUUGGCAAUGACUCCCUGGACCUGCCGCAGAUUGUAGUAGUAGGCUCACAAUCCUCCGGAAAAUCUUCUGUGCUAGAAAACAUCGUUGGUCGCGACUUCUUACCACGUGGGAGUGGCAUUGUAACAAGGAGACCGCUGAUCUUACAGCUCAUCAACGUCCCCAGCGAGCGAGACGAUAAACCGGACAGCGAUGAGGUCCAUGUUCCUCAUACGGCAGCCAGCGUGGCAGGGCAAGGAGAAUGGGCCGAGUUCCACCACAUGCCGGGCCAAAAAUUCCGGGACUUUGGAGAGGUGAAAAGAGAAAUAGAGAACGAGACAGCUAGGAUAGCAGGGAGCAACAAAGGCAUCAAUAGGCAGCCAAUAAACCUGAAAAUCUACUCGCCUCAUGUCCUAAGCCUGACCUUGGUCGAUCUGCCUGGUUUGACAAAAGUACCCAUUGGAGACCAACCCUCGGAUAUAGAAAAGCAGACAAGGAAUCUGAUAUCAGAGUAUAUCGCUAAACCAAACAGUAUCAUACUCGCGGUAUCUCCGGCGAAUGUCGAUAUUGUCAACUCAGAAGCACUCAAGUUGGCCCGUCAUGUGGAUCCGAUGGGUCGACGAACAAUCGGCGUGCUCACCAAGAUAGAUCUUAUGGAUCACGGCACGAACGCUCUGGACAUAUUAUCUGGCCGUGUCUAUCCGCUAAAGCUUGGGUUCAUUGGGGUGGUUAAUAGGUCACAGCACGACAUACAGGGCAAUAAAUCCUUGGCAGAUGCGUUGAAGGAUGAAGCGGACUUCUUCAGGCACAAUCCUGCUUAUCGCAAUAUGGCAAACCGCUGUGGGACUCAGUUUCUUGCAAAGAGUCUCAAUAAUACCUUAAUGGCUCAUAUCCGAGACCGGUUACCAGAUAUUAAGGCAAGAUUAAAUACAUUGAUGGGCCAAACACAACAAGAGCUCGCCAGCUAUGGCAACAUGCAGUUCAGUGGAAAGGAGCACCGGGGUUCUCUAAUACUACAACUGAUGACACGCUUUGCCUCGUCUUUCAUUUCAUCGAUAGACGGAACAUCGAUGGAGAUCUCCACUAAAGAACUCUGUGGAGGCGCAAGGAUCUACUACAUUUUCAACUCUGUCUUUGGUAACUCUUUGGAAACGAUCGAUCCUACAACCAAUCUCUCUGUUCUCGAUAUACGAACAGCAAUCCGGAACUCCACCGGCCCUCGACCCAGCCUCUUCGUCCCCGAGCUCGCCUUCGAUCUCCUGGUCAAGCCACAGAUCAAGAUGCUAGAAAUACCUAGCCAACGCUGCGUCGAGUUAGUGUAUGAGGAGCUUAUCAAGAUAUGUCACACCUGUGGUUCCACUGAGCUCUCAAGAUUUCCACGACUACAAGCGAAACUCAUUGAAGUUGUAUCAGACCUCCUCCGUGAAAGACUAGGUCCAGCAUCCAGCUACGUGGAAUCUCUCAUCUCCAUCCAGCGCGCCUACAUCAAUACCAACCAUCCCAAUUUCCUUGGCGCAGCAGCAGCAAUGUCGUCUGUGAUCCAGAACAAGCAGGAGAAAGAGAAGAAGGCGGUCGCGGCUGAGGAGAGAAGGAAGCGGGAAAAGAGACGAAUGAAAGAGUUAGCAGGCGGCAUGAACGGCACGGAAACCCCCGAGGACGAGGAAGAAGCCGCAGACGAUCUGAAGAGUAUACAUACACUCCCGCAUCGAGGUCACACUGUCAAAAGCAGCCGAAGUAUGUCUCCUGCUGUUGGCCGAAAUGGUGAGAAUGGCCACAACAACAUUGCUGCAACGAUGAACGGACGAUCAAGCUCGCCACCAAGGUUUAUCGGCGCAGCAGCAGGAAAUACACGAGACUCGUUCCUCAACUACUUCUUUGGCAAGGAAGGCGGACUGCCUUCAGCUGGUGGGAUUAAUGCAGUAGGCGGUACAGCCGCAGCCGCAGCAGCUGGGAACCGCCACGUGAGCCACAACGAACCCAGUUUCAGCCAGAGUAUCCGAAGGGGUGAGAACAAGCAUGUAGAGCGAGCAUCAUCUAUACAACCAGCGUACAGUCAGGACGAUUACGAGGUUGCAAGGUCAAGUCAGGGCUACAAUGACUACGAUUCUCAAUUUCCCUCCCAAGGCGAUCCCGAACUCACCGAGCGGGAAGCCCUGGAAACAGAACUCAUCCGCGCGCUCAUCUCUUCUUACUUCAACAUCGUCCGCGAAACCAUCGCUGACCAAGUUCCAAAAGCGGUCAUGCACCUGCUUGUUAACCACAGCAAAGAUGUUGUGCAAAACAGGUUGGUGAGUGAACUUUACAAAGAAGACCUCUUCGGGGAUCUGCUGUAUGAGGACGACGGGAUCAAAGCUGAGAGGGAGAAGUGUGAGAAGUUGCUUGGCACCUACCGGGAAGCUGCCAAGAUCGUUGGAGAGGUGCUGUAG